CGUUCCAUCAGCCAAUCAGCGCUCAGCUCCACAGCAGCGCACUGGAGCUCCGCGCGGUGUCAUCGUAAACUCUAUUCAUCAGUGCAUCUACGCUACGUUCUAGCUGAAGCGCCCAGCCGAACAGCACUCGUCUAAGAAAAUGACUUUGAAGGCUGAAUUUGAGCAAUAUGCAGAGAAUGUAAAGAAAGUGAAGACCAGACCUACAGACCAAGAGCUGCUGGAUUUGUACGGCCUCUACAAGCAAGCCAUCGUUGGGGAUGUUAAUACUGACAAACCUGGACUUACGGAUUUAAAAGGGAAAGCCAAAUGGGAGGCAUGGAAUUCAAGAAAAGGUAUGUCAAAUGAAGAUGCCAUGAAUGCCUACAUUUCCCUGGCCAAGGACGCCAUUGAAAAGUAUGGAAUGUGAUGUGGGAAAAACAUAUCUUUAGUUUAAGUAGAUAUUAAAGUUUCACUAUAAAAAAGCUGCAAGAUUAUUUUUAGAUCUUUACAUGAGAUACUCAUUAAAACAUACAUAACUUGGUUUCAUAGAUAUACCAACUAAAGUGAGACCUACAGAUGUAAGCAUGUAAUCUUGUCAUUGAAUAAAUCUGUCAAAUAUCA